AUGGUGGCGGAAAGGCGCAAAAGGUCAAAGGCCACCAAAGCGGUGGCGUCGACAGAGGCUGCCGUCCCGGUUGAAGAUGACGCGAUGCCCCCGCUGCAGCAGCAACUGACCGCUGCAAACAGCACGGAACCUGUCCUUGUACAGGAGGACGGAAGUUCGCUCGGGGAAUCGCUCUUCCAUGCUCUCACAGAGGGCGCUUCGGCGGAGCAAGUGGUGGUGGAUCUUCUUCGCAUUUACGGUGAUGGCAGCACUGACACGGUAUGCUGCGCCGUGCUGAACCUCGUUGGGAAGGUGUCGGGCGUCGCACAAGCGGAGUUGGACGCGAGCGCUCUGAAGGAUGAUGUGGAUGUGACAACCCUUCUGGAGGAGAUGUACGCCAGGGUGCCGGAGGACGCCGCGGUAUAUCCACUGGUGAGGAAGGACCCCAAGUUCCGCAGCUUUUUCACUGCGUACCGCCGCUUCUUUGGGCGCUUGGUGGGGCUGAGUUACACCGCUAAUGUGCUGCUAGACGGCGUGCUGCUGCCAACGCUCCUGCGUUGGCUCAUCGCGAUGAGUGAGAGCAAAGCACGGUGCUUUCGCCACACGUCCACUGUCGCUCUGCUCUCCAUUGUGGGUGCCCUUAAUGGGUUGAUUCAUGACCUCAACCACCGCCUGCCACCGAAGGGGCGUGGGAGGAAACAGCAGGUCGGUGCGCUCCAGGAGAGCAUCCACGCCAUUGCGGAGAUGCGCAACCACGUCAUUUCGCAGGCCAUCCACCAGCGACCGCGCGAUGUUGCGCCAGAAAUUCGGCUUCUUGUUUUUGAACAUCUGGAAGAUUGGAUCCUAAAGUACGAUGAUGAGUUUGCAGAGAACAAGUACUUCCGGUACUUUGGCAUGGCGCUCUAUGACAAGCGACCCGAAAUACGUGCAGAGGCCCUCACGAUGAUUCGCAAAGCCCUUGCUGCAACGCCAGAAAGUGGAAACCGCAUGUUCCUCUUCCUCCAGUAUUUCAGCAACCGUUUGGUGGAAAUGUGCAGCGAUGUCAGCAUGCGUUGUGCUGAGCUGGCAAUUGGUGUUAUUGUCCUCAUUCUUCGCGUAUAUGGUGAAGAGGCGGAGGGGAAGGAGCUUCUUGAUAAUGAAAAGAUUGACCGAGUGCUGCUGACACUCUUUGAUGAGCGUCCCACCAUACGCCGUGAGGCUGGCAUCCUACUUCGCGUCUUUAUAGACUCUCGCGUCUCCGUGGAUGCGAGUAGCGGUGAGGCUGCGUACCAAAAGGCCGCGACGGAACUGCUUUGCGCCUUCGCCGGGACGUUGCGUUCGCAGUACGAGGAGACGAUGCCGGAGCGGUACCUUAUCGAUGCCCUCUACACGCCGUCUGAGGACGUACCGCACCUGCUGCAGGUCCACACGCCGCUGCUGGAACUCGCCGCCGAUGACGAUGCAGCUGAGGCGGUGGUGGGUCUCUCCCUUGUCGCCGCGCUACUCGAGAAGGCACGCGGGCGGCUUGACCUGGGCCCUGUUCCGCGUGAAGACCGCCGGCAUGUGGUCACCAAAAAGCUUGCGGUUGGCAAACAAGAAGCGGUGGACGCUUUCGUGGCUAAUUUAAGUCGCGACGCAGGUGUGUUGUUGGCGGAAGUGCUUGAGAAACAUCGCGGGGAUGUAGGUGUCCUCUGUAGCAUCGCUUCUGUAGUUGCGGCGAUGGAUCUUAAGGUGUUCACCUCACUUGAGCAGGUGUCACGGAUCAAUGCGCUCAUGGUGCUACUGCGGAAGGCCACUGCGGCCUUGCCUCGGUGCGAAGAGUUACAACUUGUCCAAAUUACCUCCGCCUGGACUGCGCUUGCCUUUGAGGAUCACCCUUUUAAGAGUGAGGCCAAUGGUCAUCUUCAGGAGUUGAAGAGGCAAGUUUUUAAGCAGCUAGCCGCCAUACAGAAGGGAGGCAUUAACUCAAGAAGCCAAGUGGAUGAGAAUGAGCUUCUGCAUGUGUGUGCGCGUCUGAGCAUUGUUUCCUCCCUUGUGUCGCUGGUGGACCAUUGGGGGACUCUUAAGACGGCGAUUGUGCAGCACACUGUUCCAACCUUUUCUCCAGAGAUCCUGCGGCUCACACUAGCGAGUGCCGUUCGGUGUGUAUUGUGGCAGAUCGGUGCGGAGCAGCAACUUCUACAACAGCAGCAGCAGCAGCAGCAGCUGGUAGGUACGCCAGCAGCCGCAGAUACCAUAAGUCAGAUGAUUGGGGAGCUGCUGACGUGCAUCUUCCAGGCCUGGGCCUUAGAUUCACAGCGACGCGAAGAGGGCUUCACUACACUUCUAGUUGACAGCAUGAUCCACCUAUGUGAUCUCUGUGCGCUGAAGUAUUACACAAUGUCGCAGGUAGAACAGGAUGCACUGGUUACAAAGUUUGGUGAGCUCACGGAGAUGCUAAGCUCUGAGAUAAGUGACGCUAAAGCCAAACUCAAGGAUGCCCAAGUUCAUUUUCAGAAAGGUGGAGCUCUCAGCGUGGUUACAAAGACCCGCCGAGAGUUAUCACGCCUCGAGGCAUCACAACUGCGCAUGACGGUGGGUAUCGUGCGCCUGCUGCUUCUUAAUCGUCUUGCAGGUGACGUGGCACCCCGUGUGCUGCUUCAAUGGACGCAUGCACCUACAAAAGCAAUUGCUGAUGUGUUUCGCUGUCUAUUCCGCACAUUGCGUGACCGCGAUAAUGACAGCUUCACCCUCGAGAAGUCUAUCCUCGUGGCGGCAUACAGCCAAUCUUCUGAGGCGCUCUACCAGAUGGGGCUUAAGCUAUCUUCGAUGCAUUGGCCUUUGCCUGACAAGUACUAUACUGCAGUCGUCAGUCUUGUACGCUUUGGCAUUGACUUUGCCAUCACAACAGACCCUGUUAUGCUUCAAGCCGUUGUCGCGUACUGCCCCAAACUCUUGAGGAGUGAUGCCUUGGGAUUGGCACAUUCGUUGGCUGCCAACCCAACACUCGCAGAGAGCGAGGACCCUAACGCCCGUCUUUUCGUGGCAGCCAUCCGCAGGGCAGCAAAACUGGAGGAGACGGUGGGGGCCACGCCCAUCCGCAGCGUAAAGCGGCCGCGUGAUGCGUCGCACGGCGUUGACACGAUUGAGAGACACAUUCUGCAGCAACAGCAGCAGGAGGGAGGCGCUUUGGUGGCAUCCCCGACGAGAAAUGCGUCACGGAUGCGGUCCCAACGCCUUACAACACCCAAAGCACCACUCCCGCCCAACCGUGUUGUCACGGCGGAAGGUUGGCAUGUGCGCCCAGAUGAGAUUGACAACGAGGCGGAAGUGGCGCGGAGUGUGACGUCUUCCACCUCGGAAACCGUGGAGGCGACACGUGGGCGGCAACUAAGGAACAUAAAGCUGUCACCUGGUGCUGUGGCUGGAUUGGCAUCAGCAACGGUGACAGCAACACAGGAGACCCUCCUCUCGUCCAUGGCAGGGGAGUUGGAUCGUGACGAAGUGUUUAUUGCAACACAGGAGUACGAUUGA